GUAUAUCACAGCCAUUUAAGAGCAGAAUAUUUUCCAGCCCAGUUUAUUUCCAGUAUCACCACUUGCUUAUUUGCAAGAACUGUUUGUUUAAGCACGUGAUUCAGGAACAACUGGAUGGGUCUUCUUGUAUUGCAACGUUUGCCAUCAAAUUGCACGAUACCUCACCCAUCACCUGCGCCCGGCGGCUGUCAAUCACUCACUCCCAACAGCUGAGCCCAUCUGCGAGACAGCGAGGCAUUUUUCUUGUAUGUGGGGAUUCGCAAUGUGGCCGUUAAGAUUUUAAAAUCAGUUUCUGAUAUCCUAACCAGUGCAUAGUUUUGUGCAACGGUUUCCCCUAUUCCCAAUACUGAUGGCGGGGGCAGGAAGAGAUUCGCAACGGCACCGGCCUCUGGUUGGCGAUCGGAACGAGCAGGCCGGCCAACGCCGGGAGGUCGAUUUCUCCGUGGCCGCCGUGCUGCCUGCAAGCGGUUGCGGGGAGAGAAUGGGAUCGACAACCCCAAAGCAAUUCUGCCCGCUCUUGCAGAGGCCGCUCAUCAGCCUCACACUGGAAGCCUUUGAGAGAGUUCAUUGGAUAACAGAAGUUGUGGUCGUGGUGUCCCAACAGAACUUUGAAUUGAUGAAUUCUGUAAUAGACCGAUACAGUCACUCGCGGGCAACAGUUGUUGUAGGUGGGCUUACUCGCCAUCAGUCCAUUUUUAAUGGGCUAAAAGCAUUGGUGGAAAAUCGGCCCCAUCAGUCGUGGCUGGAGAAACCUGAAGUGGUCAUCAUCCAUGAUGCAGUGAGACCUUUUGUGGAAGAAGACAUUCUCUACAGAGUAGCCAGUGCAGCAAACAAGCAUGGGGCUGCAGGUGCAAUCAGACCACUUAUUUCCACUGUUGUUGCAACCAAUCCAGAGGGCUAUCUUGACCAUUCACUGGAACGUUCCAAAUACAGAGCAAGUGAAAUGCCCCAAGCCUUCACGUUUGAUGUCAUUUACAGAGCAUAUGAGCAGUGCACAGAUUAUGAUCUUGAGCAUGGGACAGAGUGUCUUCAUUUAGCUCUGCAGUACUGUGGCAUCUCUGCAAAGCUCAUUGAUGGACCACCUGACCUGUGGAAGGUAACGUACAAGCGGGAUCUUUAUGCAGCUGAAUCAAUUAUCAAGGAAAGUCUUUCCAAGAGUGUUUGUAUCAUCGCUGGAAUGCAAGAAGGGCAAAUUCAAUUAGGCAUUUUAUUACAAGAGGACUUACAACUGGUGAUGAAGGUAGAUUUGUUGAAAUGGUCGUUGAGUAAAGAGAGCAGCUGUGUUCAGGCCAUCACCUCAAAACAACAUUAUAACUUUAUUUACAUCAAUGUCAACAGUUUCAAAAUGCAUCAGGAAAUUGUGCAGCUGAUGGAAGCAGUUGAAAAUGUUAAGCUUUCAGCUUUAUAUCCUGUGGUUGUGACUGUGGUGCACUUGAACAACAUGGAAGCUUCAUCUUUCAGCGUUUGGAUGGACGAUUUUACACAUAUCAAGCAGUUGGCAAAGGAAGCAAGUAGAAAAAAUAUUCUCAUUUACAGCCUGCUGAUUAAUUCUACCCAGAGCACGGACAAAAUUCACGAAUCUGUGAAGCAAGGAGCCUCAAUCAUCGAAUCAUUGAUAAAACAACGAAGCCCUGCACUCAUUGGACAGCUCCUUGUGGUAUGAAAGCAGUCAUUAACCCAAAGUCACGGAUGUUGUGACAUCUGAAGGAACAUACUGCCCUCUGAUGAUGACAAUGUAAAGCUGCAGAUAUCCUCCGUCAAGUGUUAUCAAGAGAUGACCAGGACCAGCUUUGAAAUAGCAUGAAAUCAGUGUGAAAAUUACAAAAAUCAACAAAACCGGAUCAACUUAAUUGUAAUUUUGUAUAUUGUUUUUAAAUAACCCUUAAAUAAUCGUUAUUGGUGCUCAAUCUAAGAAUCAGUUAUGAUACUGUUCAUCCUUUCCCAAUAUUUGCUUAUUUUGACGUAGGAAGCCAUUCUACCUCGAGCUCAUGCAAUCUCUCAACAUUGUUUCUCAUUAGUAAUAUGUCUUAAUCAAUAAUAACUAUAAUUAAUUAACAAUAUUAAUAUUACUGCUAUUAGUAAUAAUGUCAAUUAUUAAUUAUAACUAAUUAACAAAACAAUAAUGAUGAAUUAUUAUCUUAUUAGUAAUAGUUUAUUAUUGAUUUAUUGUUCAUUGUUUCUUUGCAUAUCAGUAUCAAAACAGACAAGAGUGCUUGCUCUAUAUCUGCCUGGUGAAAGAGCAAAGAAGAGCUAUGGAGAAUAUUUAGUCAAGACUGGAGAAACAAAUAAGGGAAGGAACAAGGUUUAAGAAACAGGUCAACACAGUGGGUAGAAAACAAUGGUGGAGUAGGGAGGAAUGGGGCAGAUGUUCAACGAACAAUAACAUCCAAACAAGACAGCUAUUGAUUUUCAAUUGAGAACCAAAAAUGGGCCAAUGUGAACAUGGAUCUGGAUGAUUGUUCCGAAGAAUGACAAUCUAUGUAAGAAUUAAGCUUUCUGGGAAGUCGAAUUUAGUAAUUGUGGAAAGAAACUUUCCCAAUUUUUUUGGAUUUUAUUGUAUCCUAUUUUAUUGCCUCCUUUUAAAAAAAACGUUAACACAAAAUUCUUAGAUAUUCACAAGAAUUUGCUUGGAUGCGUUUAUGAGGGCAGUGUAUUUGAAGACUGGAUGGGGAAGGGGGAGGAAUUGGUGGAAGGGUGCAACAGACAGCAACAGAUAGCAACAGGAUGAUCGAGACAGAAGAGGCAAAAUUAGGGUAAGUCUUGAAUGGUACUGGAAGAUAUGAAAACUGGAAACGGAGAAAAGUCUCAGAUUUAAAUGUGGCAGAGAUGAAGAAAAAGAUCUGGAAUCAACUUAAUUAUUAGCUCAACUACUUGCAAUGUCAUUUGAAUUUUAGAAACCUUUAGAGGAUUCGAUGUGGCAUAUCUUUGAUUUUUGAAUAUCCUUGCAGCAAAAAGAUCAAAGAGAAUAGCAUUAAUUAAAUCCUUAUAUUUUACAUAAUUAUAUUCUAUUACAAAUUAAGUAGAAGGACAGCAAUACCUGUUGAAUAAAAUUCCUACUUUUUUCUAGCA